AAAGCGGGCUCAAUUUCUUGCACUCACGAUCGAAACACAAUCGCUGCUGCUUAAUCAUGCCCACCGUAGCAGUGGACAAGGAGGACCUGUGGGAGAGGCUCGGACACAAGUAUACCCCGGAGGACUUUGAUAGACUCUUAUUCGAGUUCGGUCUUGAGUUAGAUGAGGAUACUACAGAAGAGGUUGAGGCACUCAGAGAGAAAGGUUUACCUGCUGAUCGACCUCAACUCAAGAUAGAAAUUCCUGCAAAUAGAUAUGACCUGCUGUGUAUCGAGGGUAUCUCACGAGCACUCCGAGUUUACCUCGGGAAAGAUAAACCACCUGUCUAUAGGCUCGUACUUCCUGAGGGUGGAGAGAAGAAUCUCAUAACAGCGACUGUGGCUCCGGAGACCCAAAGGAUUCGUCCAUAUUUUGCCUGCGCUAUCCUGCGUAAUGUCACCUUUACCCAACGAUCAUACGACUCUUUCAUCAAUCUCCAAGACAAACUGCACCAAAAUAUCUGCAGACGUCGACAGUUCGUCGCCAUUGGCACCCACGAUCUAGAUACCCUUCAACCGCCUUUCUCGUAUGAGGCGAAACCGCCGAAAGACAUCAAAUUUGUGCCGCUAUCAAAAGACAAGGCGUACACAGCUGAAGAGCUCAUGACUGUAUACGAGUCUGAAAAGCAUCUGGCGAAAUAUCUUCCUAUUAUCAGGGAUUCACCGGUAUACCCUAUCAUUUACGACUCAAAAGGCAACGUAGCGUCCAUGCCGCCGAUCAUCAACUCUGAACACAGCAAGAUUACCCUGAACACUCGGAACGUCUUCAUCGAUGUGACUGCGACUGACGAAACAAAGCUUGGGAUUGUGAUCAACAUUGUUGCCACCAUGUUCUCUGAAUAUUGCAGUGAACCCUUCACCAUCGAGCCUUGCAAAGUCAUCUACCCCGAUGGUACUUCGCGCAUCACACCUGAUCUCAAAUACCGAUCUAUAACCGCCCACCCUUCGUACAUCAACUCUUGCACGGGUCUUAAGCUCGACGGUCCUGAAGUUGCCAAGCUACUAGAACAGAUGACGCUUACAGCGGUGGUCGGUGAGAAUCCCGACGAAGUUCUGGUGGAUGUCCCUCCCACACGACCAGACAUCAUGCACGAAUGCGAUCUCGUGGAGGACGCUGCCAUUGCGUAUGGCUUCAAUAACUUGCCAGAUACCUUCCCUCCUACGAGUACCGUUGCACAACCGUUAAACGUUAGCAAAGUAUCGGAUAUCGUGCGGAAAGAAUGGGCUUUGGCAGGAUGGGUUGAGGUUUUCCCUUUCAUCCUGUGUUCACAUGAAGAAAACUUCGACUGGCUCAACCGCAAAGACGACGGCACACAAGUCGUCCGGAUCGGCAACCCCAAAACGCUCGAAUUCCAAGUCGUCCGCACAUCUCUGCUCCCAGGUCUUCUCAAGACCAUACGAGAAAACCGUUCUCACCCACUCCCCAUCCGGAUCUUCGAAUCCUCCGACGUAGUAUUCAAAGAUCCUAGACUUGAACGCCAAGCUCGUAAUGUCCGACACGCCGCUGCAGUUUGGUGUAACAAGACCGCAGGGUUCGAGGUCGUACAUGGGAUGUUGGAUAGGAUCAUGCAGAUGCUCGAGGUGCCUAGGAUCGCAAGCACGGAUGCCAAGGCCCCGACUGGCUAUUACAUCAAAGAACGAGAUGAUCCCACGUUCUUCCCCGGUCGCGCGGCGACGAUUUACUACCGUCCCCCGCCCACAUCCGGUUCCUCUGCCCAUCUGUCUACCGUCAAACGUCAGAUCGAAUCUGUCUUCCACACGACCGGUGACAAGGAGAUCGGCGUUCUCGGGAUCCUGCACCCAACCGUGCUGGAGAAAUUCGAAAUUGGGUAUCCAUGCUCUGCGCUUGAGUUCUCUCUGGAGUAUUUCAUCCCACCGAUGCACCCGUUGUGGAGCAACGCUGAUUAGAGCGUUUAUGUUACUAUGUGUAGGCUAUGUGUCUAUGUGCGUAGGUGGGAGCUGAUUGGUGCGCUAAAUUGUACGCUCAAAAGGGGUAGAGGAUUUAUUGUGUAUAGCCAUGAUUGUACAAUGCGACAACUUACUGUGUAUGGCGGCGGCUCGCCUUCAACCGUAUUGUUGAGGAUGAACGAACGUUGUACAUUAUGACCUGUCAAAAACCAGUGCUUGCGUAAAGAGAAAGAAUGACGGUAGCAGUACACAAAAGAAAUAGAUAGACAAUACUGAUGGAAGAAUGAAAGGACAGUCGUCCGCGCAUGGGAAUGAAUGACGAUCGUCGACGACCGAGUUGGUAUGUAUGUGUGUGUAUAAUAUGUAUAUAGUGAAAAAACCGAAAGCAAACAAGAGUGUAUACCGUCCACCGUCCACAAGAACCGAAGACAACCAAUUAAUCAUAAUACACGCAGAAAGAAAGAACAGAACCAUCACAAGACUACUUCUGAUCUCAAGGCUAAUGACCCAACAAGAAUGAUCACAAAAGCCCAGCAGCUCUAAGAUCAUUCGUCAACCUCGCCUCAUCCUGGUAAGCUCUGACCAGUCGCUCAGCCGCUUCAGGGUCAUCUGUGUUUUCU